GAAAUUUUGAAAGGAGAAAGCAGCGAGGCGAAGUAAAGUCAACGGUGUCGUGUUUUUAUUUCAGAUUCAAAGUGAAAGUCCAAACAUUACAACAGAGUACCUUUAUCACUAUAUAAGGUUACAACUUUGUGUGAUUAAUCCAUAAAAGAUUGCAAGGAAUAUUUAAAAACUAACUGUGAAAUCAAAAUUUUUCACAAAAGUUUUGUAAUUUUUACUAAAAAAAAACAAGUUUUUUUUGUAACACGUGUUCAGUAAUUGUAAGUUAAAAAACUGUGGCUAUAAAUCUUGGAGAAAGAAAAUAUUGUUAAGUAUGGGGGAGACAGUAGUAGCCCAACAGACUUUAAAAAUAGAAGAUCAAACUGAGACAAACGAACAGGAGGUGAAAUUGACGAAGGAGCUAAUGACAAAACAUCCUCUACAGAAUAAAUGGGCCUUGUGGUUCUUUAAAAACGAUAAAACAAAAACCUGGGCUGCAAAUCUUAGAUUGAUUACAAAGUUUGACUCUGUAGAAGAUUUUUGGAGUAUAUAUAAUCAUAUUCAGUUACCUAGUAAACUUGGACUAGGCUGUGAUUAUUCAUUAUUCAAGGAUGGUAUCGAACCUAUGUGGGAGGAUGAAGGUAAUCGUUUUGGUGGAAGAUGGCUUGUUAAUCUUAGUAAAUCACAACGUACAUCCGAAUUAGACAGGUUAUGGUUAGAAGUUCUAUUGUGUCUAAUUGGUGAAUCAUUUGGUGAGGAUUCGGACCAAGUUAAUGGUGCUGUUGUGAAUAUUAGACCAAAAGGUGAUAAAUUGGCUGUGUGGACUGGUUUUGCAGAUAGACAAGAAUCAGUAUUAAAAAUAGGAAGACAGUUUAAAGAACGACUGACAUUACCUCCAAAAUUUCCAAUUGUAUAUGAAAAACAUAUGGAUACGGCUAGCAAAACUGGCUCUCAAACCAAAAGUAAAUUCACGAUAUAAAAGUAAACAAGAAGCAUUAUAGAUCUAUUUUUCGGGAAGAAUUGUCGUGGAUUUAUAAACGUGUAGAAGAUUAAACAGUCCAGUGGUGUUUUUAGACAUAAAAAGAAAAUUGGAAUUUGUUGUGUUACUGUUAAAAACAGAAGUUUUGUAGUCCUACACAACGUAGGUCUCCAAACAAACUUUGCUGAUGUAUUUUGUGAUUUCUUUUAUGAAGUAAGCAUUAGGAUUCAAAUUAUUUUUAUCUGAAAUUAAUUUGAUUUUUCUUUUUAGUUUCAUUUAAACUAAAAGUAGUACGUUUCUUGUCAUGCUUUUGUUAUGAAGUUUAUCAUAUCAUUUAACGUAUUUUGGCAGUUUAAGAUUUUUUGGGUUCUUUUUGUUAUGUUCUGUUUGCCACAAAACCUGAAAAAACUGAAAAAAAACCUGGCACCAAAAAUAUUCUGGAAAAAAUGUUAAAAAAACACAAGUGAAUUUCGGUUGAGUGACACAAAACUAAGAUAUAAUUAAUUUUUGCCUAGUUUUUCUGGCAAAUUUGUGACAACAUUGUUUUCUGAGGAAGAGGAGUGAUAUUUUGAAGCUAUUAUAUAUGGUCAAAAAGUGUAACUUUAUACAACUAUUGAAGCGUAAACUUUUGACACCCUUGACUAAACCUUUCAGCAAAUUUAAAGAGCUAAAACCUAAACCUGUUGUUUAGGUUAUUUUGUCAGAUGAAACAACAUUUAGCAAAAAAAAUUUUAAAAGCUUUGGAGUAGAUUUGAGUUUUUUCCAGUAGGAAGUUGAUAUGUUUUGAGUUCGUUUGAAAGGAUUGCAGUGAAUUUGAUGACUACAUUAAGGGCAUUAAAUUUACAGGUCUAAAUUUUCACAAUUUUCCGAUUAAAUUUUCAAAAAAAGUUUUUGUGACUUUGUUUUUUCUUCUUCUUAUAAACUGGUAGCCCUUAAUUUCUCUGAGAUUUGCAGACAAUACAGGUGUUGUUUUCUUAGCUGUUGAAAUUAUUCAACAAAAGCUGUCUAGCUGCAGAAUAUGUAUUGCGCCUAAUUUCUUAUAUUUAUGCAAACGCAUGGAGUUUAGUAUAGAAAUGUUUAAGAAAAAAUCUUCCCUUUAUAUGUUCCUUUAAUUUUUGUAAAAUUUAUGAGGAAUUUUCUUAUAAUUUCGAUAUAUACAUGAAAUCGCCUAUCCUUAAAUUUCACUUGUUCUUGUUUUUUGUUGUUGUUGUUGUUAUGUUUUAAAGCAAUUUAUAACAAUUUAUGUCAACUUUUUUGCUGUUUUUAGAGAUUUUUCAAAUCGAAAAGUAUUAAUUUUAUUAUCA